GGGAGUAGUCAAAUAGUCUACGACCAGAGAGAAAGAGACAGGGGAAACGAGAGUAGACCAGGAGCCCGGGUUCAGCUGGGUUUUCUGCCCCUCAAAACAAUUAUGCUCGUCUCGCCGGUGUCGCUUUCUCUCAGGUGUCCGCUUCCCGGUCGCUGAAUGGCGCUGGUUACCGUGCAGCGUUCACCGACCCCCAGCACCAGCUCCAGCCCCUGCGUUUCGGAGUCCGGUAGUGGGGAGGAUGACCGCCGCUCUCAGCCGAGGAGCAUCAGCGAAAGUUUCCUGACAGUUAAAGGAGCUGCUCUCUUCUUACCUCGAGGAAAUGGCUCCUCCCCUUCUUCUGCCUCUCGCUUUUCACAGCUGCGCAGCAAACAUGCAGGAGACAUCCAGCAGCACCUACAAACCAUGUUCACUCUCCUCAGACCAGAGGACAACAUCAAACUGGCGGUGCGUUUGGAGAGCGCCCACUCUCACGUCACCCGCUACAUGGUGGUGGUCUCAACUAACGGUCGUCAGGACACGGAAGAGAGCGUGGUGCUGGGGAUGGAUUUCAGUCCUGUUGAUAGUUCAUGUUCUGUAGGUCUGGUUUUACCCUUAUGGAGUGACACGUUGAUACAUCUGGAUGGAGAUGGGGGUUUCAGUGUGUCAACUGAUAACAGAGUGCAUGUUUUCAAGCCUGUGUCUGUGCAGGCCAUGUGGUCGGCCCUCCAGUCGCUCCAUAAAGCAUGCGAGGUGGCUCGUUGUCACAACUAUUUCCCAGGCAGCUUGUUCCUCACCUGGGUUAGCUACUAUCAAAGCAGGGUCUCCUCCGACCAGGCACGCAUCAACGAGUGGAACGCCAUGCAGGAUGUGCAGUCGCACCGUGCCGAUUCACCCGUCCUCUUCUCUGAUGUACCCACAGAAAGAGAGCUGACAGAGCGUCAAAUCAAAACCAGUUUGAGGGAGAUCAUGAUGCAGAAAGACCUUGAGAAUGUCACCUGCAAAGAGAUCCGAACAGAGCUAGAAAUGCACAUGACAUGCAACCUGCGAGAGUUCAAGGAGUUCAUCGACAAUGAGAUGAUUGUCAUCCUGGGCCAGAUGGACAGUCCUACAGAGAUCUUUGAUCAUGUCUUUUUGGGAUCUGAGUGGAAUGCAUCCAAUUUGGAGGAGUUGCAGAAGAGCGGAGUUCAGUACAUCCUGAAUGUAACGAGGGAGAUUGAUAACUUCUUCCCUGGUGUGUUUGAGUACCACAACAUCCGCGUUUACGACGAGGAGGCCACUGACCUGCUUGCCUAUUGGAAUGACACCUACAAGUUUAUAUCUAGAGCCAAGAAAGCUGGGUCCAAGUGUCUGGUGCACUGUAAAAUGGGUAUAAGUCGCUCUGCAGCCACAGUGAUAGCAUAUGCCAUGAAGGAGUACGGCUGGGAUUUGAAAAAAGCCUUUGAUUAUGUCAAGGAGCGUCGAGCUGUGACCAAACCUAACCCCUCUUUUAUGAGACAGCUGGAGGAGUAUCAGGGCAUCCUGCUGGCCAGCAAGCAGAGGCACAACAAACUGUGGCGUUCUCACUCUGACAGUGACCUCUCCGAGCACCAUGAGCCACUGUCUAAAUCCUACGCCCAACCUCACAGCCUGGGUCGCUCAGACCCCCAUAACCAGGCCAGCACCACGCCUGGUCCCUCUGUAAAAGAACUGCUGGAAUCACUGGGAACUUCAGCCAGCACUGGCAAAGCAACACACUCCCCUAGCCAGCCAGAUACUGGCAUCCAGACCAAUCAGCUCAGCUCUUUAUCCUUAGAGAGAGUGGCGCCUCUAUCAAGUGAUGCUCACACUCAAAGCCUGGAGGCUCAUUCUGCUGUAGGCUGCGGCAACCACCUGGAUCCCCCUUGUCCUGAAUCCACAGCUGGCCCUGUGUCUCCGUUAUCGCCUCCACUUUCCAAUGGCUUAUGUGACACCGAGGAGCAGCCCUCAUCACCUCCUCUCUCCCUGCCAAGGGCUGCCACGGUGGUGCCCGAACCUCAAAAGACAGACAUGGUGACUGUUGCACAGAGUGUUUUGGUGGGCCUGCCUCACCCGCCUCCAUCCCUUCACCACCUUCCCCUCUCCCCUGCUCCAUCCCCAACUCCAGCCUGCGUGGAUGAAGUUAUCAAACCACAGGUAUUGUCCUGCUCUCUGCCUGUGACAAAACCUAUGCUAGUGUCAGUGCCUGAGCCCAUGACAACACAAACACCAAGCACACAAUUCGCCGGACCCCAAUGUCUGUCUGCACCAGUGCCUGUCAAAAAACCAGACUGUGACCAACAGAUGUGUGGCCUGUCUUUGGACGGUUUAGCAGCCCAGCCUCCCUUCACUAGUGAUUUUAUCAGUGCCAUUCCACAAGACAAUGAGGUGUUGUUCGGCCACAGUGCAGAUCACAUUAACUUUUUCAGUGCCAGGGAAAAGUUCAAGGGAAUGAGUCAAGAUGGUAAAACUCACUGUGCUGCAGUGCAGCAGUCAGCCCAUCCGAAGAGUUGUGCCAAGGAACAGCAACCACUGCGUCAGGACGUUUCCACUAGUGAGGGGAAGGAGGAAGAGAAAAGAAAGGAAAUGACUGUUCCUGUGCAGGUCACAGGACUGAAGUCUGCAGUGCAUACCGAGACUUCACCUCUUGCCCCCCUUAGUCAGCCAGAGCCUCAUUGCUCUCAGGACCAGGACGUGAGGAAUUCGAGGCAGGAAAUAGAGGAUAGAAAUGUUUCAUCACAGAAGGAAGCAGAGAAUGUAAAAGAGGAAUCGGCAAACAAAGCAGAGGAAGAGGCAGCUCCUGCUCGUCUCUACAGCGAUUGGACGAGGGGGUCUGUGCGGCGCGUCACACGACAGCUGGAGCAAAGAAUGAAACAGGAGCAUGACACUCCAUCACCCUCCUCAUCCCCACCGUCCUUCUCUGGGAGUACCUCCUGCUCUCAGCGGCGUUUGCCCGGCGUCCAUCCUGCAUCAGUAUCUCAUUUUCAAGAUGCAUCAGUUUGCUCGCAGGUGUCCGUAGUUAGCACUGUGCAGGAGGAGCAAGAGGAGGAUGAUGGGAAGUUUCGACCAGUUAAAAGGGAGAGUUGUGAUGUAGUAGAGAUGGAGGUGCUAGGAAAUAAUGACGGAAGCACAAAAGGACACAAACUCCAGCCUGCUGAUACUAGAUUGCUCUCUACCUCUUCUCCUUUCCACCACUUUGCCCAGUCUCCCUUUGCCUCUGUGAACUUCCUGUGUCUGGAGGGCGUGACAGAGCUUGAGUCAGCCACAGACUGGGAUUUCUCCACAGAGGGACCCCAUAGUGACAUUAUAAUGAGGGAGACAUGGGAAACUUUGUGUGAGCUGGGUGCCUUCCUGCAGCAGGUGAGCGCGGGCGGAGCCUGCAAGACCAGGUGUGUGGACCAGGUUUUUGGCUUCAGUGCUAGGACCACUCAGAAGCGAGGUAGCAGCAUCCAUAAGAGGGUCAGAGAGGUGGAAGCCAGGAUUCGCCAGGCAGGGCUGACCCCUCCAUCCCUGAUGAAGCGGUCAGCCUCUCUGGCCAAACUGGGCUGUCUGGAGCUGCUCGCCAAUGACCUGAGUGACUGGGAGCUCAGCCGCUCCUCUGUGUCUCUGCCAGCAGCAGAACCUCCAGUCCACGCAAUUAGUGAUGAGUCCAAGAAGCAGCGGGUCCACGACUCUCCAUCUGCAGCAGACCAGCAGCCAGAUGAAGCUGAAGCUGGGAAAACCUCACCCGGAAUCUCUCCAUCAAAUCAGAGUCCACAGAGAGGAAAAGUCGCUAACGCUAGCCAAGAUUCUCUGCAUUCGCCUGGGCCGACACUUAUGACAACAAGGCAGCAAUAUGGAAGGACUCACCCACUGAGGCGGCUUAAGAAAAGAACUGUUAGUACCCUUUACCACACCAUGUAACCCUCACUGUGUGUCUGUGUGUGUGUAUGUGUGUGAAAGAGAGAGACAGAGAUAAUGUGCACGUGUGAGAUAUGGAGAUGAUGUGCAUAUGUUGGAUUUAUUCAGCAAAACACAACAAUGCCUCUUGCCUUAAAGGAUAUGUUUAGUAGUUCUGUUUUUCCCUGCAGAUCCGCCAAGAGCCUCUGUGAAAUCUGUGACACGAGGUGUUUGUCUCAGUGCGAGAGCAGUGACAAGGCUAUGAAGGUUCUGGUUAAGCAGCAAAAACAAUCAUCCAGAUGUAUUUGGGUAACUUGUUUCAAAUGUUAAUAUGCCUGAGCCUGCACAUACUCAGUGUUCACAUCAUUGCUGGUUUCUCCAUCAUCAACUUGAUAUUUACUUGAUCGCUGUUGGUUGACUGAAUAGUUCGACCUAAUGUUAGGUGGAAUGUAGCAUGUGUUUUCCUCCUCUUGUGCUUUCAUGUCUCUUCAUCAAUAUUUGCUAGUUGUGCUGGGUAGCUACCAAGAAAAUGCCACAGCUGUUCUUCUGGUACAAUCUGAAGGUAAAUUAAUCCGCCCAACAUCAGUUCAACACUCGAACAGACUCUCUCACUUCUCAAACCUUCAAAAACGAUCAUUUGAAGAUAAAACCUUGAUUAAUUUGGCAGAAAUACAAACAGAAAAAAACACCGCUCAAAGCCACUUCUGCUGUUUGAGACUGAUUUGAUGGCACAGGUCGUGCUAGCAGCAGCUCAUCGAAAACACACAAAAGCUCAGGUUGAACUACAGACACCACGGCUUAAUGUUUUAUCCCCAAAGAAAGAUGUGUCCAGAGCUGGUGACGGGAAUGUCAGUGGAAAGUGGUUGCGUAGUUGUGCAGCAGUUUACUGAAACAAAUUGCAAAGACAAGAGGCAUGCUGUUUAUUUUAUGUUUGCUUUGACUACACAAUACCUCAGUAUGUCUGAACCAAAUCUGACCUGCACCAAUGUCAGGCUCUGGAUUCCUGGAAUGUCCGUCUCAAUCAGAAAGAAUUUCAAUUUCACUACUUGAUAAACUGAAGCGAACUCGUCUCUCUCUUGUCCUCUCACAGUUCUGAUGCCACUCAGACUAGAUGUUUUUUUGUAUGUAUUACUGUGUGGAAGAAAGGUUAGGCUAGAGGGUUGGGUUUUUAGCUAUGUUCUCUUUGGGAUGUAAAGGUCUAUAUUGUAAGUGUUGACAUUUUAGGAACUGUACAUGUUUUUAUAUCUGGUUUGUGUCCGUGUGUGAGUGCGACUGUGUAGCACAACUUUACCAUGUGGGUGUGUACAUUCUUUUCUUUUUUCUUUUUUUUAAAUUGAUUGUUAUUCUCUUUCGUACACUUUUUAGGAGUGUGCCUGUGACUGGCAAGUGAAGCUUCUCUGCAGUCUAUCAGAAAUGUCUGUACAGAGAGGUCUGUCAUACAUGCACUUUACUCCCUUUUUAAUUUUAAAUGUGGCUUAAUUUUUAGUGUUUUUUUUUUUUUUAAUGCGUGGUUGCUACUUUUGGGGAGCAUGCUUAGGUAGUAGCAGCUGUUGGGUAUGUGUGUGUAUUGUUAAAAACUGAUUUUUUUUCCCUUUAUUUUAAACUAUCAGUGUAAAUAUUCUUUUAUAUCAUGUGCUUCAACUGUGACCAUUAAACAAUGGAAAUUAUUUAGA